AUGGCUACUGUCAGCCUGCCCCCUGCAAACGGGCAGCUCAGGGAGCAGAAUGCUCCCCUACUAAUACCCUCUCGUUCAUUAGAAGGGGGGGGACACACUGAACACAGGGAGCGCUCUAUCUCGUCGCUCGAAUGCGCGACCAACGGCUACGAAGAAAGCUGCGUUCACCACCAGGGCGGCUACGCCACGAUCUACAAGGCCUUCAUCAACGAGGUGAUCGUUCUGUCCCACAUCAACCACCGGAAUGUGGUGAAGCUGCUGGGGUGCUGCUCGGAGACGCAGGUUCCCUCGCUGGUCUGCGAGUUCAUACCCAACGCAACCCACCCUCUUCCACCACAUCCAUGGCGAAAGCCGCAAGGGCUCGCUGUCCUUGGCGAACCGCCUGGGGAUAGCGUCAGAAACGGUGGGGCGUUGGCCUACCUGCACUCGGCAGUAUCCACCCCGAUCAUUCACGGGGAUGUCAAGUCCGCCAACAUCCUCCUCGACGACAGCUGCACCGCAAAGGUGGCAGACUUGGGAGCGUCCAAGCUCAUGCUGUCCGACCACGACGGCCUGCCGUCGCUGGUGAAGGGCACGCUGGGGUACUUGGACCCCGGGUACCUGCACACGUCUCAGUUCACCGACAGAAGCGACGUCUACAGCUUCGGCGUCGUUCUGGUCGAGCUGCCGAUGGGGGAGGAGCCCAUCAUGGUGGGCAAAUCAUCGGAGAAGCGGAACCUCGCAAGGCACUUCCAUUUCCUGCUCGAACCAGAACCAGUUCCACGAGGUGUCGGAGGACCGCACGAUGGACGAGGGCUCGCCAGAGCUUCUCACGAUGCUCACUGA